AUGUUCUGUAGCUCUAAUCACAGUCUUGUCGGUGUUGCUGCUGCUGCUGCUGCUGCUGCUGCUGCUGGUGCUGCUACUGCUGCUGCUGCUGGUGCUGGUGCUGCUGGUGCUGGUGCUGGUGCUGCUGCUGCUGCUGCUGCUGCUGCUGCUGCUGCUGCUGCUGCUGCUGCUGCUGCUGCUGCUGCUGCUGCUGGGAAGGCGUAUCCACAACCUCUUGCACUUACGACUUUGUUUCUGCCAAUCUACCCAAGCCAUUCGUCUCUUCCCUUUUCCCAGGAUGUUCUGGCAGAGAAUUGGAAAAAACUGCUGGCUAUCAAAGCGAAACACAUGGCUGCUGCUAGUGCUGCUGCUGGGGGUGUUCCCUGGCCAAGUCAGCACGAUCAUUGUCAGCAGCAGGUAAACGGAGAAUCUGCCUCGAGUUCAGCUAGACGCGCAGGCUCGGGAGCAGGUUCGGGGAUGGCAGGUUCAGGUCUGGCAGUCCUGGGAGUUGCUGGUUCGGGCAUGGCAGGUCCGGAAGCGGGAGGCUGGGGUGCAAUCUCAACAGUACUGAAAGCGAAUGGAAUGACAGGGGAACGAGCAGGGGGAGAAAGAGCAUGGGGCGCGGUAGCAGCAGGAGCAGGAGCAGGGGCAGGGGGGAAUGCAGGGGGGAGUGGAGUGGGGAGUGGAGGGGGGAUCACGGGAGGGGUUGCAGGAGGGAAGGGUGGUGGUGGUGGUGGUGAGAUGGUGGCAGCUCCUCGCACCAAUCCCAUCAAGAUGGCAGCAGUGCAGAACGUCCCUAGCUUCACCACCUGGAUCUUCCUCGCCAAGAACGAGCAGAUCCCAGACGAGCAGUCGCUGGUGGGCAGGAGGCGCCUAUACUAUGAUGCGGAGAAGGAGGAGACGACUGUGUGCAGCGAGUCGGAGGAUGAGGGCCAGCCCAGCAGCAGCCAACUCAAGGACUUCAGUGCCGUGCAGGAUGCACUCAUAUGGAGGACCAUCCAGCAGCACGGCGAUUCUGGAAUUGUAAUUGAGCACCUCGCCUCGUCCCUGAAUGCUCAGGCAGAGCAGGUUCAUAUGCGUCACACGGAGCUGAAGGCACAGUACCAGGAGAUCCAGGGGUUUCUAGAGAAGGAGAAGAAGAAGGAUGGGGUUUCUGAGGAGGAGAAAAGAGAAAGUGAGCGCGAAAGGGUGCAGGAGGCGGCAGAACCACGAGGGGCACCAGGAGCAGCAGCAGGAGCAGCAGCAGGAGCAGGAGCAGCAGCAGGAGCAGGAGCAGGAGCAGGAGCAGCAGCAGCAGGAGCAGCACUUGAUUGUGAGCGUGGCAGCAUGGGCAUGGAGGUGAUUUGGAGGAGUCUCGAGACCGUGCAGUUCCCUCUUGCAACGCCGCCUCAUGCCGCCUGCUGGUGGCAGCAGGGACACAUACACAGUGAUGCGCUACGGCAGGAGCAGGAGCAGGAGCAGCAGAGAGAGGCUCCAGAACGGCAGCAGUCUAUGCGACAGCAGCAAGCGACACAACAGCAACAGUUGUCCGUGCAGCAACGGUUGUCACAGCAACAGGGCACACAGCAGCAGGGCACACAGCAGCAGGGCACACAGCAGCAGGGCACACAGCAGCAGGGCACACAGCAGCAGGAGUCAACUGCUGGGGAGGCGCGUCCAAGAGGAGAGGAGCAGCAGAGCGAUGAUCCUAUCAUGGCUUGUCCCAACGCCUCUGCCACUGGUGCUCCUCCUCCUGCUGAAACUGCUGGUCCAAUUGCUACUGUCAUCCCUGCCAGUGCUGCCGCUGCUGCUGCUGAUUCUGCUGCUGCUGCUGCUAGUCCAAGUGAACCGAGUGGGUCAGGCUCGGGUGGUGUGUGUGAGGAAACGAGGCAGGUGCUCCUGGGGCAGUUUGAGGAUCUGGAGGGAGCCAUGGACUCGUGGGACCACCUCUUCUGUCGCAGAUGCCUCAUCUUUGAUUGCAAGACACAUGGAACCGUCGACGAGCCAGUGGUGCCUUCGGAUCAGCAACCCCCUGUGGAAUCUACUGACGUUGGCAAGUCACCCAUGCCUGCUGGGCCUUGCGGCCCCUUGUGCUUCAUGAAUGUUCGUGCUCUUGUGGCACUGAAGCUUACUCGAAUGCAAGCAGCAGAGGAGAAAGCAGCAAAAACCAAGGCAAAAGGCAAGAAAAAGGGGAAGCAGAUUGUUGGUUUGGUGAAACUGGAGGAUGAGGAGGAGGAAGCAGAGGAAUUGGAGGAAGAGGAGGAGGAGGAGGUUGAAUUAUCGGACAAUGUUGCUGGGGAGGAGAGUGAGGAGGAGGAGGAGGAGGAGGAGGAGGAGGAGGAGGAGGAGGAGGAGGAGGAGGAGGGAGGGGAGGAGAAUGCGGAAGAAGAAGAGGAGACAAUGGAGGAGGAGGUUGAAGAGGUGGAGAAGGAGGGAUGCAAGGAGGGAAAGAGCGUGAAGGAAGAGGAGAUGGGUGAGGAGGAAGAGGAGGAACAAGAGGAGGGAAAGGAAGGAAGGUUAUACACAUGGGAAGGAGCUGGGGAGGGAAGUAGCCAGGGCGUGGGGAGGGGUGGUAAGAAGGGGAGCGGAGGAAGAGGAACGAGCCGUGGACGUGGGAGGGCGGGGAGAGGAGGAAGUGGAAGGGGAAGAGGAGUGAGAUGGCGUGAGGGAGAAGGAGGUGAGAGGAGGAGAGGAAAGGGGGAAAAGGAGGAGGGUGAGAGGGGGAGAGGGAAGGGGGAAAAGGAGGAGGGUGAGAAGGGAAAGCGGGAGAGAGAAGGUAGCCCCUCGGUUUUGGAGAUCAGCUCGGAAGAGGAGGGUGAUGCGAGUGAUGGGGAGGCUUGUAAGGGGGAUGAGGCGGAAGGAGGUGAUGUAAGGAUGACUGCUGAUGUGGAAGGGGAUGGGGAUAGGGGUUGUGAGCAGGAAAACGGAGAGGAGAAAAAGGCAAUAGAAGGCAAAGAGGGGGUGAGAAAUCUGGAAGAAGGGGAGGAUAUGAAGGAGGGAAGAGAAGUGAUGGAAGAGGAGGAAGGGAGGGAAGGGAUGGAAGGGACGCAAGGAAAGGACGGGAGAAGCAAGGAGAAGCAGCAGCAGCAGCAGCAGCAGCAGCAGCAGCAGCAGCAGCAGCAGCAGGAGCAGCGGGAGCAGCAGGAGGAGCAGGAGAAGGAGCAGCAGUGCGAUCAGCAGGAGUGGAGUGCGUUGGAGAGGGAAUUGCUGGUCAAGGGUGUGCAGAUAUUCGGUGCAAGCAGCUGUGUGCUGGCGCGCACAGUGCUGGCUCACCUCAAGACGUGCUCCCAGAUCGCGCUCUGCUUGUUGGGGCAGGAGGGGGGCGACAUGCAUGAAGAAACACCCACUCCGAUCGCGCUCUGCUUGUUGGGGCAGGAGGGGGGCGACAUGCAUGAAGAAACACCCACGCCGGUAGUGUUCACCUUCCUACCUAGGUACGUGCCUACCUGCCAAAGCUGUGUGCUGGUGCGCACAGUGCUGGUGCGCACAGUGGUGGUGCGCACAGUGGUGGUGCGCACAGUGCUGGUGCGCACAGUGGUGGCUCACUUCAAGACAUGCUCCCAGAUCGCGCACUGCUUGCUGGGGCAGGAAGGGGGCGAUAUGCAUGAAGAAACACCCACGCCGAUGGGUCGGCAUUGCUGCCGCGCUGCCAGGGCGAGGAGGAGGCUGGUGCAGGCGCAGAGCAGAGGCGUGGAAGCAUAUGGGUCGCCAUCGCCGGCGCACGUCCAAGGCGAGAAGGCGGCUGGUGCAGUGCAGGCACAGUGGCCCACCCCACACAUCCUCCCCCCCACACCCACCUUCCCCAUUUACACACAGAUGGGUCGCCAUCGCCGGCGCACGCCCAAGGCGAGAAGGAGGCUGGUGCAGGCACAGUGGGGAUACAACAAGGGGCGCCGGAAGGGAGGGGCGGGGCAACCUGUUGUGGUGCAGAGACUGAAAGCUGAAGCAUCCAAGGAGGUAAGGAUGCAGGAGGCAGGUAAGGAGGGACUGGGCACUGGUACCGCCAAGGCGAGAAGGAGGCUGGUGCAGGCGCAGUGGGGCUACAACAAGGGGCGCCGAAAGGGAGCAGCGACUGUUGUGGUGCAGAGGCUGAAAGCCGAGGCGUCUAAGGAGGUAAGGAUGCAGGAAGGGGCAGGCAUGGAAAGGGGGGAGAGGGCCAAUGCGAGGAGGAGGCAGGUGCAAGCACAGUGUCAGUACGAGCCAUGCAGCUGCAAGGGUCUAUGCGCCAAGGCCACCUGUGAAUGCACCCAGCCCAUCUCUCGCCUCACCCCUUCUCCCCCCCCUGCCCCCUCUGCUCCCUGUUCCCUCUGCUCUACCCCUCUCUUUCUCCCCCUCAGCCGUCAGUACGAGCCGUGCAGCUGCAAGGGUCCAUGCGCUAAGGCCACCUGUGAAUGCAUCAUGAGGGGUUGCUUCUGCGAGAAAUACUGCGGAUGUGCCCAGGCAUGCAAGAAUCGUUUCAGAGGCUGCAACUGUGCCAAGAGCCACUGCUCCUCGCGCCUCUGCCCCUGCUUUGCUGCCUCCAGGGAGUGCGACCCUGACCUGUGCCGCAACUGCUGGGUCGACUGUGGGGAUAGCUGUGAGGGGGCAGUGCUGCCACUGCCACCGCCUGUGAGGGAGAAAAACUACGACUGCCACAACAUGCGACUGCUGCUGCGCCAGCACCAGCAUAUUCUCCUAGGCCCCUCGGACGUAGCUGGCUGGGGUGCCUUUCUCAAGAAGGAGGUGGCGAAGAACGACUAUGUGGGGGAAUACACGGGCGAGCUCAUAUCAGAGGCGGAGGCAGAGAGGAGGGGCAAGAUCUACGACCGCAUAAACUGCUCCUUCCUGUUCGAUCUCAACAAGAAGGGGUCAGAUGCGACCUCCCCCGGCUGUACCGUCUCCGCGUCGGCGGUAUCCUGCCCGGCGGGACUUGGGGGCCGCGCAUUUGCGCUCAACGCGCAAGCUUACGUCGCGGGCGCAGGCCGAGAAAACGCGCUCGUCCUGGGCGCGGGCGGAACCGCGGAUAAGGGAUCCGCGGGUUCCGCAUUCACUACCGCCGCGCUCUCGCCUCCGCUCGGCGGCGGAGGCUCCUUUUCGGCGCGCUUCACAUUCCAGCUGGAAGGACAGAACGAAGCUGACGUGGCAACGGGGCUUGCUUUCGUCAUCAUUGGCGGAACCAACACCGCUGUCGGAUCGCCAAGGCACGCCGUGUCCCCUUAUCUGACCUUGCCCCUCCCCCCCCCAAGCGCUCCCCGUGUGGUUUCCCGUGCGCUCAUCCAUGCCCUCCCCUGUGCGCUCGUCCAUGUGUCCCCCCAUGCGCUCCCCCAUGUGUCCCCCCAUGCCUUCCCCCGUGUGCCCCCCCGUGCGCUCCCCCGUGCUCUCCCCGUGCUCUCUCCCGUGCGCUCCACCGUGCGCUCCCCCAUGCGCUCCCCCCACGCGCCACCCCCCCCCACCGCCGUCCUCCUCCCUCCACACAGCUCUGCCGGCUACGGCGGCGCCGCCUUCGAUGCCAGCCUGGCAGUGGUGCUGAGCGGCCGCCCGCCCAUCUCUGCCGGCGUGCUGCUGGGCGGCAAGGCGGACGGCACUGCCGGAUGGGCGGCUCUCAACCCCUCGUCGCCUGACGCACCGCAUCUGUUAGUCCCGGGUGUGCAGCAGCACGCCUGGGUGGACUACGACGCCUCCCUUGCCUCCCUCCACCCUUGUCAUCCCCACUCUUUCCCCCAUCCCCUUGCUCCAUUCUUUCCUCCUCUCCCCCCCCCAUGUCUGCAGCUGCUAGUACCGGGGGUGCAGCAGCACGCCUGGGUGGACUACGACGCUUCCAGCUCAUCCCUCAGCCUCUUCCUCAGCGGCUCCUCCCCCACCAAGCCUGCAGCUCCGGUGCUCUCCGAGCCCGUCGACCUGGCUCGGACGCUCGGCUUGGCCGCAGACGGCAGCUGCCCAGAUGGCAUUGGCGAGGCGGUGGUGGGCGGCGGCGGUUGUCUGUUUGUGGGGUUUACGGGGGGGUCGGCAGCAGUGGAUAGAACCGAGCUGGCAGCGGCAGGGGUGGUCGCCGGAGGGGAGCUCAUUCAGACCGUUGACUCGUUUGACUUCAAAUUCCUCUCCGCUGGCGCUACAGCCGGUGCUACAGCCGAUACUACCACUGCUGCCACUGUUGAUGCUUCCAGCACUGCAUCACGUCUCCCCCACUCGGCUGAUAUCAGCGGUGCAACAGUAACUUCAUUCGGAGCCACAGACCCUUCUGCUGCUGGUGGUGGCCUCUUCUCAGUCGCCUCUGUCGAUUCCGGCUCUGGCACUGGUGGUCUCACCGCCUCUGCCGCUCCUGCCCCUGCCCCGUCCGCAUCCUCUUCCCCUGCUCCCUGCAACGUCGGGCCCGGACCGAACUUCCCCAUCUGGCUUGACACCACCACCAAUGCUGCCGGCUGCGCUUUCUCCAUCCCGAGCCUCAGCCUCAGCCUCGGCAGCGGUCCGGUGGCGUUUGAGGCGGCGUUUUCGUUCUUGUUUGCAGCGAGUGCGGAUUACAACAGCUGGGGCAGUCGAGGGCUGGCCUUUGUGCUCACUGCCGGGGAGAAGACCGCCUGUGGCCGCAGCUCCGGCAGCAACAUAGGCUAUGGAUCAGCCCCCAACGCGUCCUUCGCGCGGAGCAUAGCGGUGGAGCUGAGGGCGCGGCCGGCGGCGUGUGUGGCGGUGGUGGUGGGCGGGCAGGUGGCCGGCGACAACUGUGCCGACUCCGAUGCCAUGGCGCUGCUGCCGCCCAGCCAGGCGUUCACCCUGAACGAGCCGCAGCACGUGUGGGUGAGUUACGACGGCAGCAGCGGCGCGCUGCAGGUGUUUGUGUCCCCAGGCGCGGCCACCAAGCCGUCGGCGCCCGUGCUGGUGGCGCCCAUCGAUGUGGCGGCCGUGCUGGGCGGCACAUCGGGGCUGUCGAUUGGCUUCACAGGCGCCUCGUGGUGGACGUGGGUGGACGACCUUGAAGACCACAUCAUCCACUCCCUUUCCUUCCAGGCUGUCCCCCCCGGGUCCCAGCAGUCACUGCCGCCUUCCCCUGCGCCCACCACGUGCCACCUCGCCCCCUCCCACACGCGCCUCACCUGCUCGGGCUUUGCGGGCCGCUCAGCCUUCCGCCUCAACGGCUAUGCCCACGUGGGGCCCGCCCCCUCCUUCCCCCUCGUCCUCGACACCGGCGGCACCGCUGGCAGCGCACUCACCCUCACUGAUCUGGCACUCUCGCUGGAUUCGUCCACGUCAGCAGUGACUGCAGGAGGAGACCCGGCGGCAGCAGCAGCAGCAGUGGCGUUUGAGGCGGCGUUUGCGUUCUCGGUGUGGACGGAGACGUCUUAUGGCUACCGGGGUAGCAGGGGUUUGACUUUUGUUGUUAGCAGCGGCGACAAGACUGCCUGCGGGUCGAGUGAUAUGGGAGCCAUAGGGUAUGGGAGAGCGGCACCAGGGGCGUUCAACGGGAGUGUGGCUGUGGAGCUUUAUUCGGGAGCCAUAGGGUACGGGGGAGCGGCACCAGGGGCGUUCAACGGGAGUGUGGCUGUGGAGCUUCGGUCGGGGCCCAGCUCGUGUGUGGCUGUGGUGGUGAAUGGCAUGGCUUCAGGCGACAACUGCGCUGCUGCUGACCACAUGACUGGCCUCACAGGAGACCAGGAGAUUGCUCUGAGCGAGAGGCAGCACGCGUGGGUGGCAUACGACGGCACAUCCCAGUCACUGGAGGUCUAUCUGGGCGGCAGCGACGGCAUAAAGCCCGAGGAGCCGGUGCUGAGGGCGUCACUUGAUCUCGUGGCUGUCAUUGGUGCCACGUCAGCAUCUGUGGGGUUCACAGCUGGCACGUGGUGGUGGGGAUGUGGCGACACGGACGACCACCACCUCAUCCAUUCCUUCGCAUUCAACACUGUGUCCCCCGGGUUCCUGCCAGCAGCGCAGCCAACACAGGCGCCCACCUGUGACACCACCGCCUCCUCCCUGCACUGCACUGGCUUCGCCGGCUCCACCCCCUUUGACCUCAACGGCUACGCCCAGCUGGGCCCGGCGCCGCUCUUCCCGCUCUGGCUCGACUCGUAUGAUUCUGUCGGCUCUGCGCUCUCCCUCGCGCCCCUCUCCCUCCUCACCGCCUCCGCCCGCUCCUCCGCCUUUGAAGCCGCCUUCUCCUUCACCUUCCUCGCUGAUGCCUGCGCUGCUAUCCCGGUGACGGGUAGAGGAUUCACCUUUGUGCUCACCAGCGGCCCAGCAACCGCCGUCGGACCACAAAACGCAAGGUGCUGUGCGGUGCUGGGUGCUGCUGGGUGGUGCUUGCCGGUGCUGACUGGUUCCAAAUUGUGCAGAGGGGUGCUAGGUGGUGCUGGCUGGUGCUGGCUGGUGCUGCAUGGUGAAGGCCCCAGUUGGGGUGGACGGUACAGAGUAGAUUCCCUGGGCUAUGGUUCGGGAAAAGGGGCGUUCCUCAAGAGUGUGGCAGUGGAGAUGUACCUGUCCCUGGGCUACGGGUCGGCAGGAGGGGUGCUCCUCAAGACUGCCACAGGAGGGGCGUUCCUCAGGAGUGUGGCAGUGGAGUUCCGCCUGUGCCCCGUACCCUGUAUAGCCGUCUCCUCUAAGGGAGUCGUGGCGGGAGACGGUUGUGCUGGAGCCGAUUUCUACACUGUUCUGCCCCCAGAGAAGGCCUUCCGUCUCAACACUCAACAGUACGCCUGGGCGAGAUGCGAUGGGGGCUCUCAGGCCCUCAACGUGUUUUUGGAGGAACGUCCAGGUGAACAGGAGACUACUUUUGAGACGUCUCAAAAGGCCUUCCCACUCAACACCCAGCAGUUCGCAUGGGUGAACUACGAGGGGGCGUCUCAGACCCUCAACGUGUUCCUGGGGGGAUCGUCCAAGGUGAAGCCAGGUGUACCAACGCUCACUGCCCACCUGGACAUUGAAACCCUCCUCGGCGCCACGUCAGCGUCCGUGGGGUUCACUGGUGGCACGUGGUGGGGGCAGGACAUGGCGAGUGAGCGGCAUAUUAUCCACCAGCUCAGCUUCGUGGGAGGAACCUUCUUGGAAACGACCAACGUAACGGCAGAGCUGACGAGCGCCUUUGCCUACUCCAAUGAAACGGACCUUUCUCUCUUCACCACCACCGCACCCACCACCACUCCCACUGCCACCACCUCCCUCUCAUCUACGGAUGCUCUUGCCACCACCGGAACAACUGGGGGGGCGGCGGUGCUGUCAGAGUUGUCUCCCGAUGCCACACGCGGCACGGUGGAGUUCCGCUUCACCGCCGCCACUGCCUCGGGGCCACAAUCCUUUGUGGGACGCCGCCGCAUUGUUGCCUCCCGCCCCGUGGUGCGGGCGCACGUGUACGUGUCCAACAUGGAGGAUCGCCCCAUGGCUGACGUGGCAGUGACGGCACGCAUCACCUACCCCAAUGGCACCGAUGCCUCACACUGCUUCGUCUUCAGCGACCCGCUGCUGCAGGGGAUAGACGAUGUUAGCGGUGCAGGCACCCUCCCUUCUGCCACAUCAGCGGGCGUUGAUUGGCUACUCCUCGCUCUGGACUGUGCUGCGCCUGCCGCUCCCACCAACUUCAAGUUCGCCAGCACCCUGCACUACACCCUGCCUGCAUCAUCAUCCACGUCAUCAUCCACUGCGACUGCCACGUCAGCACCAGCAUCCGAACCAGCGCCGGUGGUUAAGAAGGUGGAGCUGACGAGUGUGCGAGUGACGGUGGUCCCUUCACCAAAGCUGCAAGUGCACUACUUUGUGCCCCGGCACGUGCAAGGGGACGACCUCACCACUCCUCAGGUGAGCAUGGGGGAGUGGGUGUGGGGGAUCGGCAAGUGGAGGCAGCAGUGCCAGCUACGCUCGCGGCACUCUUCCACAACUCCCCGCUCCUCGCUCUUUCACUCCCUCUAUCCCUCCUCCCUUUCUCCCUCCUCUCCCCAACUAUCCACAGGUCGGGUGGAGGCACCAGUGCCAGUGACGCUAGCAGCACUCUUCCACAACUCGGGCCACGGCACGGCUGCUGCUGUCGCCACACAGUCACUGCUGCCCACUGCUGCUACCACCACCACCACUGCCGGCGCACCCGCCGCUGCUGACGUGGGCGCUACAACCACAACGGGUGACACGAGCAGCGCCGCAAUGAGUUUCAGCAUCACCAGCACUGCGCUGGGCAAUGAGGCGCAGCCGGCAUCUUUCUCCGUGAAGGUGGGAAGCAUCCCUCCUGCCGCUACAGCCAUGGUGCGCUGGACCAUAGAGGCCAGCCUCACAGGCACAUUCGAUACAGUCACCACCACCAACACCUCCUCCACAACCUCCUCUCCUCUCACCGGCCUCUCCCCCAUUCUCGAGUCGGUCGAUAUUCACAACCUCGUGCACGUCGUCUAUCUGCCUGAUGCUGCUUCAGACGACGGGCUGCCGGAUUUCCUGGUGGACGACGAUGGGGACGAGAAGCCAGAGGCCAUCUACAGCAGCGCUGGUAACCACGUGCUGCCCGUAACCGCCGUGCCCUCCGCCGCUCUUACGCCUGGCCGUCCGCUCUUUACCAGCGAAACCCGCGCCAAGCUCACUGUCGCUGUGGACUGGUCUGCACUCGCACCAGCAGCAGCAGGGGGGAGGUGGGCACACAUGUCAUUUGCAUCGCAGCUGCCGUCGCACUGCUGGAAUCUCACCGCUGCUCUCCGAUCCAACGGCUCUCAGCUGCCCGUGCCCUUCAACGCCUGGUCCUCCUUCUCCUCAUCCCCCGGUGCUCCCACUGGCACCGCAGCUGCCCCCGCCCCGUCAACCGCCACCGCUCCUGCUUCCUCCCCUCCUACUUCUGCUGACACCACUCACAUUCUUGACUCUGUCUCCUCUCCCUCCUACACUCUCUUCUUCUCUUACUAUGAUCAGACCCUCUCCUUCCCCCACCUCUCCCCCUGCUUCCAGGCAGUCAUGCCUCCCCCUCCCUCCCCCCCCAACCCUCCCCCUUCCCCUCCCCCUCGCCCACCUCCCCGCCCCCCUCCAAGCCCCCCAAGGCCUCCCCCAAACCCCUCUCCUCCCCCACGUCCCCCUCCAAAUCCUUCUCCCCCUCCCCGCCCCCCUCCAAGCCCCCCCAAGCCCCCUUCUCCUCCCCCUCGCCCUCCCCCCAAUCCCCCGAAACCUCCUCCCCCCCCGUCUCCUCCCCCUCGCCCUCCCCCGAACCCCCCACCAAAGCCCCCCUCACCACCGCCCCCCAAACCCCCGUCUCCCCCACCCCGUCCCCCGCCCAACCCUCCCCCGAACCCACCACCCCCCAAGCCCCCGUCCCCUCCCCCGCGCCCUCCCCCUCGUCCCCCCCCAAGUCCUCCUCUCCCGCCCCCACCCCCCAGGCCUCCUUCCCCCCCGCCUCGCCCUCCCCCCCGCCCUCCCCCAAGCCCGCCCAAGGUUGUCUAA